UGAAUUUCAGGUUGCAUCAGGAGAGUGCAAUGAAGACACAGAAGUCUAUAACAUCACGCUGUGUACGGGAGAUGAACUGACGUUAAUGGGCCAGGCUGAAAUUCUGUAUGCAAAAACAUCCAAGGAGAAAUCACGUCUGAAUACAAUUUUUAAGAAAAUUGGAAAAUUGAACUCCAUCAGCAAGUUGGGUAAAGGCAAAAUGCCUUGCCUGAUCUGUAUGAAUCAUAGAACUAAUGAAAGCAUUAGCCUUCCAUUCCAAUGUAAAGGAAGGUUUAGCACUCGCAGCCCUCUAGAGAUUCAAAUGCAAGACGGGGAACACACAAUCCGCAACAUUGUAGAGAAAACACGGCUGCCUGUGAAUGUGACUGUGCCUAGCCCACCUCCCCGAAACCCUUACGACCUUCAUUUCAUUCGGGAGGGACAUCGGUAUAAGUUUGUCAACAUCCAAACCAAGACUGUCGUUGUUUGUUGUGUGCUGCGUGGCAGCAAAAUCAUUCCCAUGCAUUUUCCCUUACAUUUGUCUGUCCCGAAGUUUAGUCUUCCUGAAAACGUAGUGAAAGGUGAAGCGUGGCAAGAGUCCAUAGUUCAGCAUUGGUACAACGUAUGUCAAGAACAGUUUGAUAUUGAGGAAUAUUCUCGGGCGGUGAGGGAUGUUAAAGCAGACUGGAAUGAAGAAUGUAAGAGUCCGAAAAAGAGCUAUUGCUCUGGACAUAGUCACAUACCCAACUCGCUAAGCUAUGCCCGUGAUGAGCUGACUCAGUCUUUCCAUCGACUUUCUGUCUGUGUAUAUGGAAACAACCUGCAUGGAAACAGUGAAGUGAACCUGCAUGGCUGUCGGGAUAUUUGUGGGGACUGGGCAGUGUACCCCCAAGAUUCCCCACAGUACCAGGACUCUGGUGACAGUGGAAGUGAUUACCUCUUCCCUGAAACUGGUGAGGAAUCUGUAAGUCUACCUGCCAAGCCAGAGCUUCCCUAUGAGGAGCUCUGGCUAGAAAUGGGAAACAGUAAAACGAGGAGGACAACCCCUUACCCGUUCACAAAGUGAAAAGAACAAAUGUGAUCCUUUUCGGGGGUCUCUUCAUUCCAAGUGUGGCACAUCCUCCCUCUCAUCUCCCGGAUCUCUUCUGACCAGCAAGUGUUGUGAUAUACCCUUACCUCCACCUCCAGUGCCUCCCAAAUCAGAAGCUGUAAAAGAAGAAUGCAGACUUUUGAAUGCUCCACCUGUGCCUCCACGCAGUUCCAAACCAUCGUCCCCCACCCCAUCUGUUCCACCACCAACAGGAAAACUAGCACGGCAGCAAACGCGCUCUCCCAGUCCUACGCUUUCCUACUACUCCUCAGGGCUGCACAGCAUAGGUGUCACAGAGAAUGAAGUAGCCACCUCUCCGGACAAUGCCCAGGUUUCGUGUUAUCCCUGUAACUGGAUCAAGAAUGAGAUAAAUGACCUUGAAAGCACCUUGCCUUGUGGGACAACACCAUCUGAAACCCUUCCUUCUCGCCUGUCCUGGCCAAACCGUUAUUGUGGUGGGGCUGAAGGUAUGAACACAAAUGACUUGCUCACAGAUCAGUGCCGCAGUUAUUAUAGCUAUCCUCGACAAAAGACCCCAGCCACACCAAAGAGAAAUUUCCCAUCCCCCUUUGAUUUUAGUGUGGGAGAUUCUUUAACUGGGUGUCCACAAGUGACACCAAAUGAAUUUACUGACAUCUCUGCAGGGUGCCCAAAGUCUGCAAGCUACUCGCUGGAAAGUUCUACUGAGAAAUUUCUACCUGAUAACAGCACAACACAAAGUAUAUCCUGUCCAGCAUUACCCCCACGAGCAUCCAAGUCAAGUGAUGUUAACACAGUCCAAGAGCCACUCUCCCUGUCUAUGAAAAUAGAUGGAGCAGAAGAAGAGUCCCAGACUUGCUCGCCAGAUGUUACGGAAGAACAUUAUUUGGCUAAAAAGGGCAUGCAGGAUAUUUUCUCUAUUUCUUACCCAUUCUCUUCUCCUCUACACAUGCAACUAGCACCCAGGUCAUGCGGAGAUGGCUCUCCUUGGCAGCCGCCCUCUGACCUUUCAGGACUGUCUAUUGAAGAGGUAUCAAAAUCGCUUCGAUUUAUUGGUUUGUCAGAAGAUGUUGUGUCUUUUUUUGUUUCCGAAAAGAUUGAUGGGAAUUUACUGGUCCAGUUAACAGAGGAGAUUCUUUCAGAAGACUUCAAAUUAAGCAAACUGCAGGUCAAAAAAAUAUUACAGUUUAUUAAUGGUUGGAGGCCUAAGAUGUAG